GGACGCCUCUCUCCCGGGGUUGUUUUCCGGUCUUGAAAAAAGCAGGGCGAGCGGAGGCUCGGAGAGGGCGAGCGGAGGCGGCCUCUUUGCUUGUUUUCAGUCGCCAUGGGUUUCUUGGGCCGCUUGUAUCUGCUGGGCCUCCCACUGCUCCUCUGGACUCUGAAUGCCAUGGUCCUGGGCACUUUUGCAGCCGCUGGCCAAGAAAUGGGGUGCCAGAAGUACACAAAUAAAACUUGUGAAGAAUGCCUGAAAAAUGUCACAUGUUUAUGGUGCAGCAGUAGCAAAAAAUGCAUGGAGUAUCCUGUUCGGAAUAUCCUCCCUCCAAGUUCUCUUUGUGCGCUGAGCUCUGCACGCUGGGGCGUAUGUUGGGUGAAUUUUGAAGCACUGAUCAUUACCAUGUCUGUAGUGGGAGGAAUAAUCCUUGUCACACUCUUCAUCUGUUGCUGUUUCUGCUGCAGGAAAAAAAAGAACAGAAAGGCUGAUAAAGAUGAUGAAAAGGCUGCCAGGGAAAGAGAGCAAAGGAGAGUUCGGCAGGAAGAAAGGAGAGUAGAGAUGAAAACUAGACAUGAUGAAAUCCGGAAAAAAUAUGGUUUGUUUAAAGAGGAAAAUCCAUAUGCCAAAUUUGAAAAUAACUAAGAUUUCUUUUGAAAUACCCAAAUAUCAUCUGGCAGUGCUGUCUAUAUAAUGUACAGCUGUGAAAAAAAGAUAUGUACAUUAGAUGCCUUAAUUGCAAAUAGAAAAAUGGUCUUGUUGCAAGAUGGAGCUGACCAUAAUUACAGUGACAGAUAAAGACUUAAAUUAAUGAACAAACCAACAUACCUCUAAAACUCUGGAGGCUGCAAUAUAUUCAUGUUAUUUUUUCCCCUAACUAUUAAGCAGAUGCUUGUGCUACUAUAUUUUGCUUUUUGUGCAUUCUUCAAUUAUAGCAAAGUCUUAAGCCAAAUUUAUUGAUAAAUUGGGACAGGAUGGUGCACAUACUGUGUCCUUUUCUUCUGUGACCAACAGUUUGAGACAUUCUAAUAUUAAUAGUAGAAAUAAAGCAAGGUUUUAAAGAUCCUUGCAUUUUAGGAUCUUUAUGUACUUAGGAAUUUCAUAUACAAAAAUAUCAUAUAGAAAAGUGACUCAAUUAUUCCAGAAAGAAAUUGCUCUCAAAAUAUUUUUGUUAUCAUGGAAUUCUAAAGGUCUGCACUUUUCUAAAUUGAUUCUAUAUUUCUUUGCAAAAUAUGUAUAGCCCUUCUGUUUUGUGCCUUUAAAAAUCUACCAUAGAAGUCAUUAAACUGAAUGUUAAUAAGAGCUUGAUACUGCUUUAAACUUUAUAGUGGUACUCAUUUAGCCAUAUGCAUUUAAACACUAAAGGUUUAGCUAUAUUCAGUCUUCUUGAAUUACUUUAAUAUUGUAAUAAAAAUUUGCCAAACUCUAUAAUGUAUUCUGUAUAUCACAUUGUAUCCUUAUGUAUCCAAAUGAUAACUUAUUGUAUAAUGUUAGAAAGAAGGUCCUUUAUAACCACAAUGUAAUUUUAUGUACUUUAAGUCUUAUUGAUAAAAUAUUUUGGCUUAAUGCAAUAGUCUGUUUUCAGACAAUUCUACAUUUUGAGUCUUAUGCACUGGAGGGUAAACAUUAUUUUUUUCUGACAAGGCAUAUCAAGACUAAGAAAAGUUGAUUUUGUAAUAUUUAAUGUUAAUUGGAAAACAAUUAUUUUGAAAAAAACAUUUAAAUGAUAACUUUUUUUUAAAAAAAGAAAGGGUACUUAUAAUUUACAGUUUUUCCCCGAAUAUUUUAUUUGAGCUCUUUACCUACAUGAGAAAUGAAUGAAAGAAAAUAAAACACCAGAUUUGGUGAAGAAUAUGGAACAACAUUAGCCUUAAUUUUUUUUUCAUCUGAAGACAAUUAAAUAAAAUGUUCAUGUCCUGAAAUAUAUAGUAUUCUGCUGUAGUCCUAUGAGUAUUGUGUUAUCAAUUGUACAGUAACUACAAUUCCUUUGAAAUGUAAAUCAUAUUUACUCUUCAGUUGACUGUUUUAUAAAAGUCACAGUGAAGUUUCUCUAAAACUUUCCCUGCUUGAAUAUAUACCUUUCCAAAAGAUAGAACACUGUAUUACAAAAUCUUUCAUGCAGAUCAUUUGUCAUAUUAAGAUUAACAAUAGUGAAAAAUGUAAAAUCUUUGGCUAAGUAAAUAAAAAUUAACAUUUUAAAAUCUC